AGACAAACAGCUGACCUGAAGUCAUCUCCUCUCUGACAACACUUGUUGAACAUUACCUGCAGAAAGAUGUUGGGUUUAUUUUUCGGUCUCGUCUUUUUGACACCAGUGGCCACUGAAGUGGGUCUCAGUGGUAAAGUACUUCUGUUUCCAACCAAGACUGCUACCAGCUUUGUUAAACUCACUCCUGAAAAGCCACUGAGUUUUUCAGCAUUCACACUCUGCAUGCGUGUCUCGACGGAGCUCCAGGGCCAGAGGCAGAUCAUUCUCUUCACUUACCGCACACCCGAGGUUGAUGAACUCAACGUGUGGAGAGAGAAAGAUGGUCGCGUGGCCUUGCGUAUUCAGUCUAGUGGUGAUGCAGCAUUUUUCCUUCUGCCUCCUCUCUCCACCUUCCAGACUCAUCUGUGUGUCACCUGGGACUCUGCGACUGGUCUCACUGCCUUCUGGGUGGAUGGACGUCGCAGUUUGUUCCAGAUCUAUAGAAAAGGUCUCUCAAUCCGUCCUGGCGGCACCGUCCUGCUUGGCCAAGACGCUGAUACAUAUUUGAGCACCUUUGAUGCGGAGCAGAGCUUUGUAGGAGAAAUUACUGAUGUGCAAAUGUGGGACUAUGUUCUCUAUGGCAGUCAGAUUAGGGCAGUUUAUUCAAACCAGGAACCGUAUGUGCCGAAGGGAAACGUGUUCGACUGGAACACCAUCAAAUAUGAGAUCAAGGGAGACGUGGUUGUGGCUCAAAAUAACUGAUUCUGAUCAGGUGUAACAUCACACAGUUGUGUCAAUCUCUAUAAUCUGUUCAUCUGUGUUGAUGACUUGCAAAGCUGUAAGG